AUGCAUCCCGACAAUCACAUGGGCGGGCGCAAGUCGAGUCGGGAUGGGUAGCCGGUUCAGCGACCUCCGCGGUCACCCAAGGCCUCUCAACGCAGCGCUCGUGUGAUUGCCUCCCGAGGCCUAGUACACGGCCUUCCCGCCUGACCCUCGCCUUAUAACCCCCACGUAACGCCAGCAAGUCCUAGUCCGCCGUCGCCAUGUCUGUCAUCUCCACCCCAGUCACCGAGUUGUUCGGGAUCAAGCACCCCAUCCUGCUCGCAGGGAUGAACGUGGCUGCUGGCUCUGAGCUUGCUGCAGCCGUGACGAAUGCAGGCGGUCUGGGUGUCAUUGGAGGACACGGCUACACGCCUAAGAUUCUCCGCCAACAGAUCCGUGCCAUUAAGGCAGAUCUCAAGGACAAGAACGCACCUUUCGGUGUGGACCUCCUGAUCCCCCAGGUCGGCGGUAAUGCGCGGAAGACGAACAAAGAUUAUCAGAACGGGCAGCUGCCACAACUCAUCGACAUCAUCAUCGAGGAGAAGGCCCGCCUCUUUGUCUCCGCCGUCGGCAUCCCGCCCAAAUGGGCAGUGGACAAGCUGCACGCAGCCGGCAUUCCGGUCAUGAACAUGGUCGGCCACCCGAAGCACGUCGCCCGCGCGCUCAGCGUCGGCGUCGACCUCAUCUGCGCCCAGGGCGGCGAGGGUGGCGGCCACACGGGCGACGUGCCCUGCUCGCUCCUCAUCCCCGCGUGCGUCGACGCGGUCAAGGGCAAGACCUCGCCGCUCACGGGCAAGCCUGUGUACGUGAUCGGCGCGGGCGCGGUGUACGACGGGCGGAGCCUCGCCGCGAACCUCGCGUGGGGCGCGCAGGCCGUCUGGGUCGGCACGCGCUUCGUCGCGAGCGUCGAGGCGGGCGCGCCCCGGGCGCACAAGGAGGCGGUCGUCAAGGCGGGCAUCGACGACACCGCGACGACGCUCAUCUACACGGGCAGGCCGCUGCGCGUCAUCCGCUCGCCGUAUGUGGACGAGUGGAACAACAACCGACAUGAGGAGAUCAAGCAGCUUACUGCGAAGGGCGUCAUCCCGCACGAGGAGGAGCUUCGCAAGCACCCCGAGAAGCACGGCAAGGGCAUUACCUUCCUCUCGGGGCGCGUCGCCGGCCUUAUCCACGACGUCCUCCCUGCCCAACAGAUCGUCGAUAACAUGGUGAACGAGGCUGCUGUGAUCAUCCAGAGCAGCGCGGCCAAGGUCCAGGUUAAGGCGAAGCUCUGAACUGUUGUUUCCGUCUACCCGCAUUAAGAUCUAUCUUUGGGUGCUAUAUGUCAUUCCCUUGUGUGGAUUAUACGGUCGAGUUAUCGUUAUUGGAUUCUUUCUCCAUUGCUUCGACGGGUGCUUCGAGGUUCAUUGCAGUAUCUUCGACGUACGCUCAGCGUCUGUGAUCACAAAGGAGGGAUAGGCUCGAUCGUCCGC